AUGCGCGUUCUCAUCUUGCUCCCGGCCUUCCUGACCUCUUUGGCAGGCACCGCGUUGGCCAAGCCCGAACUGAUCAGGAGCGUGAGCAGCCCCAUAUACCACCUGUACCUCCAGUCGUACCCCAAGGACACGUCGAUCCCUGUCCUGGGCCCCGAGGCGUCAGCAGAGUACUUCAAUAUCGCCGGGACUAUCCAGAGCGCCAACUCGAGUUUGUACCUGGGUAUCAAGAGCGAUGCGACGUCGUACAAGUCGCUCCUGUUCAGCAAGGACUCUGUCGAUGCGUGGGGGCUUGAGGGGGACACCAUUAUGACCAAGCAGGGCAGCAGCUGGGGGCGCCAGCUCAACUUCCUGGCCUGUGAGUUGGAGAACACGAGCUACUGGCAACUGUAUCUCCAGACGGGGAGCGACAUGCCCACCGGCAGGAAUUGCAGCAACUACCAGACGAUCCAUCUGCCAUGCCUCUGCUAG